AGCACUCAGCAGGACCACACCAGGACCCAGCAGGACCCCACCAGGACCCAGCAGGACCCACCAGGGCCCACCGGCGCCCCUGGCCCGGAUGCUGUCUCCCCCCACAUGCCGGCUCCUGGCCCUGUUGGGCCCCGAGCGCGGGCGCUGGAUGCUGGUGGGGGGGCUGAUGUCGGCUUCUGCCCUCGGUGAGGUGGCUGCCCCAUACUUCACAGGACAAGUCACCGACCAGGUGACACAGAAGGAUGCAACAGCGGCCGUGUGGCCCCUUGUGCUGCUGGGGCUCAGCAGUGCCAUCACCGAGCUGGCCUGUGACAGCCUGGCAGCUGUGGCGCUGACCCGGGCGCGGGACCGGCUCCAGCGCGGUGCGGUGGCUGCAGUGCUGCGUGGGGACGUGCCCGGGCCGGGGGGCAGCCUGGGGGACACUCCAGGCGCGGUGGCCGAGCGGGUGACAGGGGACUCUGAGGCGGCGCACUCAGCGCUGGCCGAUGUGCUGGUGCCGGGGCUGUGGGCGUUGACACGGGCUGGGUCACUGCUAGCCAUGGUGGCCUGGCUGUCCCCGGUGCUGGGCCUGCUCACCCUUCUGGCGCUGCCCCUCCUCCUGCUGCUGCCACACGCCGUCGGGUGCAUCCAACAGGAUCUGGCACGGCAGGUGCGGAUGGCACAGGCCGGCACCACUGCACUGGCCCUGGAGUCACUGGGGGCCAUAGGGACCAUCCGGGCCUUCGGGCACGAGGCCGGUGUCACCACGCGCGUCCGGCAGCGCCUCGCCCAGGGACAUCAGUUGGAGCAGAGGGAGGCGCUGGCCUAUGCGGCUGGCUGCUGGGCCAGUGGGUUCCCUGCAUUGGCCCUGAAGUUGGUGCUCCUCCUCUUGGGGGGAUACUUGGUGGCUGCAGGGACUGUCACCCCUGGGGAUCUGGUCACCAUCCUCAUGUGCCAGCUGCACUUCAUCACCGCUGCGAAGGGUGUGCUCCACUACUUCCCGAUCCUGGCCAAGGCCGUUGGCUCCUCUGAGACACUCCUGGAACUGCUGGAGCAGGCCAGGAUGGUGGCACCCGCAGGGCCACCGUCACCUGUCACCCCCCAGGGCCAUGAGACCACAUGGACUCAGGGUCUGUGCCUCAAGGAUGUCUGGAUGUCAUACCCUGGGCGGUCCGAGCCAGUCCUCAAGGGGGUGUCGCUGUCACUGCGCCCCGGGGAGGUCGUGGCCGUGCUGGCGCCCCCUGGUGGCGGGAAGAGCUCGCUGGUGUCAGCGGCACUGGGACUGCGCCCCCUGGCGGGGGGGGCGGUGCUGCUCAACGGGAUUCCCCUGACCCCCAGCUCGGACCCUGCUCUGCGACAACAGGUUGCUGGUGUCCUGCAGCGCCUGUCCCUCUUGUCUCGCUCUCUCAGCGCCAACAUCACACUGGGCUGGGGCCACAAGGAGGGGACAGAGGUGAUGGCAGCAGCACAGCGGGUGGGGGUGCACACUUGGGCCAAGCAGCUGCCACAUGGCUAUGACACAGAGGUGGGCCCACGGGGGAUGCAGCUUUCAGGGGGGCAGGCACAAGGAGUGGCGCUGGCCCGGGCCCUGCUCAGGAACCCCCAAGUGCUGGUGCUGGAUGAGCCCACGCAGGCACUCGACCCCAUGACCCAGCGCCAGGUGGAGCAGGAGCUGCUGUGUCCCGGCGCUCCUGGGGCAGGGGAGAGGCCGGCAGUGCUUCUGGUGACAGGGCGGGUGGCCCUGGCCCAACGGGCUCCGAGGGUGGCCCUGCUGGAGAGGGGACGGCUGCGGGAGCUGGGGACCCCCGGGGAGCUAAGGACCCUCCCGUGGGGGACAGCGGGGGACACUGGAGACCCUGGGGAUGGGGAGGGGGACGACUAG